AUGAUUUCUCCCACUGUCUGCUACCGUUUAGAGGUGAACAAGGGCAUCUACUUCAGCUAUCCAACUCGACGACACAGCUGUGCUUUGGUAAACUUCCCUACACCAUGUGUCAACAAAAUGAUUGCCCACAUUGAGGAUGUAGAAUCCAAAAUACAGGAGCACUUGAAGCAAUUUGAAGCAUCUUUCGAAGAAUGGACACGGACUUCUACCACUAAAGAUGUUAAAGAUGAUUCGGGUGUCACUGUCCCAGAGAAAGAUGUCCGCCCAAAAAAAGCAAGGGAUAGGAAGUGUCCAGAGCUGAAAAAGAAAAUGGAGGCAUUGUUAUCGGAGGCCAUUCACCUCAUUAAAAGUCUGGAAACAGACAGGGCAGAAGCAGAACAAGCUUUAAAACAACAGAAAUCAAGAAAGAAAAGGAUUAGCAUGAAAAUUGACUGUUGGUCCAUUUGGAAGCUCCAAGAACUCCCAACGGCUGUGCAGAAAGAACACGAGCACUUUUCCAAAGAUAUCGCAGAGCUGAACAGCCAUAUUGAAGACACAGCCCAAAUGUUGGAGCAUCUGGAGAAGCAGAAGGAGAUGCUGGAACAAGCCAAUGCCAAGAUCCAGAAGGACAUUGACUACAUGACUCACCAUGCCCCCCUGCUGGAGUCGAAACGGAAGCAGGAAGUAGAAGCUCUGAGGGACCGCUAUCACAAAAAGUUUGAGGUGAUGGAACUAUUUAGGGGUGUUCAUGAAAAGCUUAAGGAGUCGAUAGAACAAUGUGAAGGUGCAAAGUCAAAGUUCAAGCAAAUGAAAGAAGAAAAUGCGAAAGACAUCCUCCAAGAGGAAACAAAUAUAGAAAGCUACAAGAGAGAACUAGGUAAGCUUAGCAACCUGCAGGCCCACUACUCAACCUCGAUUGAGUCUGUGAAUGUCCACAUUGACGAGGAUGAGGAGAUAAUGACAGAGAUGCUGAGAGAAACAGAGAGCACAACAAAUGAACUAUCAAAUUUACUGAAAACAGUAGAUGAUUUGAAGAGAGUGUUUGACCAAUAUUCCUGGAAGCAGAAAAAUUUUGAGCAGCAGUACAUGGAGUCACUGAAUAAUUAUUAUUCCGUGAGAAAAGCAUGGGAUAUUGAGCUUUCUGAUAUUUCAAAAGACUACACUGAUGUUUCAACAAAAUAUCUGGCAUUGUUAGAAGAAAACAAAAGACUCCAAGCUGAAAUUGACACCCUCACAGAGGAAAUCACAAGCAGUAUAAAGAAGAAAAUGGAAUGUGAGUCCGAAACCCAGUCAUUGCUGGAGCUGAAGACAAAGAAUAACAAUUACCUCAGACAGCUCUACAAACAGGCAUAUCAAGUCGGGGCUGUUUUCCACCUAGCUAAGCAUAAAACAGACGAAGUAGAGAACCAAAUAGCAGACGUGAGAAGAAAAUUCAAGGGUAGAGAGGACUUCCUGAAGAAGCUCACACGAGCUGAAAUGACUACUGGGAUGGAGAUUCAGAAAAGAUUAUUUUCCAUUGAAGAAAUGCAGUUCUUGGAGAUGCAGGAGUAUAUAAGAAGAAAAGCCCUCUAUAGUACGGCACUGACAGAAGUCGAGCUGCCACUGCGCCAGAUAGAAGCAGAUGUUGUACGAAUCAGAAUUCUCCACCGUCAACACUCGGCAAUGCUUAAUGAGAUACGGGGGAGGAAAGAACUUGUAAGACGGAAAGUAGAGGCAACAAAGAAAAAGCUACGAAGAAAGAGCAAGAAAAGUCGUAAGGAACUCACACAAACUGAGGGAAAACGUUCACUGAUUCAUCAAGAAAUAGAGCAAACUAAACAUAAAACAAUUGUUUUCAAUGCAAAAAGCAAAGAACUGAAUAAAGAGAUAAAAACAAUGAAACUGGAAAAAGUAAAUUAUGAAGAUAGACUUGAAAUGCUGAACGAAGAGUUCUUCAAGCUGAGAUUUGACAGGGAACACGCACAGGGUGUGUAUGACCAUCUCAUGAAGGAGAAGCAGCACUGUGAAGAGAGGAUCUUCGAGGAGGAGAGGCGAUUCCAAAAGCUUUUGGACAUGAGAAAGAGCACCCUGCCCGAUAUACGGAAACUUCAAGAAGAGUCACUGGCAGAAAACUUGCGAUUGGCCAAAGAGUAUCAAAGGAUGCAGGCGAUUUUCUUGAAGGAGAAGGAAGCCUUCUUCAAUGGCUAUGACAGACUGCUGUCACUCAAUUUUUCAGUCUGUGACAAGAAAAAGACUAAGGGUUUCUUGUCACAGAAACUUCCUAAUGAUCUUCCAAUUCUCUAUGAACCUAAAUCUAUCUUUCAGCUCUGUCAGCUGCAAGAAAAGCUGGACAAUCAAUGGCAAGAAUACUUCAGACUGGUGAUCCUUUUUAACCAGAACCGGCUGGCCAAGUUCCAGGGGGAAUCCCAGGACAGCAUUCAGAAAAUAUUAGUGGUGCAGGAGGAAUCUUCAAGUCUAAUGCAACACAUCUUAGAUUUCUUCCAGACUUUGACAGAUGGUUCAUGUGGAAAAGAUGAUUAA